UUUUACUUAGUAUGAAGAUUGUAACAGUUUUCCAUCAUUUGAGUGUAUAACAUAUUCUUUCACGUCACAUAUACCUUACAACCACUACCAUUUUUAUAUACCAGUAUUAAUGACUGAAUCUCCCACUCACUGCACUUUUGGUAUACUCUCCAAGAUCUUGCACAAACCUCGGUACCCCAAAUGUUUAUGAACAACAUUACCGACGAUGACUACAAAGGCUGUCUAAGCAUUUUGGGAAAUGUAGUUCAAGUUAACCAUCACUGUCAAAGAGCACCAGACACUUGCCAGUAUCUCAAAUAACAUGUAAACUAAUGGUAGGUUGGCUUAACAGACGAGCUCAGGUUUCUGUUUUCUCAAACUAAUUGGUUGGAUAUUGUUCGGGUUGGUGGGAAGGACAACAGACGUGUUUAUGUAGCAAUCUCCUGGAGAAAGAGCAUUAAGAUGGAUAAAGGGAUUUUCUAACAGUAUAAAUACCUGCACACGACACCCAUUUUCCAAGUAGCCCCUUUUAUGAAUACAGGCAAUUUUAAAAAAGGUGUGAUCUAAACAUUUAUUAUUGAUUCCUCAAGACUUCCAGAAAAGCAAAACUAAACCAUUCUCCAUUUUCUUCUUUUUCAAUCUGGGGGAAUGAGUUUCCAAGCUUUUGUGACUGCUGAUUCUUUUGUGCCACUAAAUUCUGAAUCUUCAGCUACUUUCCCAGUUAGGAUGCAUCACAGUGAUUAUCUUCCUGUCUCCAAUCACUCCACCAAUGUUGUCUCAACAGGUACGUUACCUUCGUCUUUGUACUUUUACUUUUUAUUAUGAUAUCUUGGUGCUUUUCUUCUUUAUUGUCUAAUUUAUAAUGACUACUGUGUUAUCUGAUCCAAGAAUGACUAAAUAUAGUAUUUUUUACAUUUAAUUGUUAAAUUUGACUAUUCCCAAGUAAUAAUUAAAUUAUUUAUAAUUUUCUACUCCCAAUUUGAAAAAAAAAGAAUACUUAAAAUAUGGUAAAUUCUUACUAAAAUACUUGGAAAUUUGCCAUUUUAAAUGUGUAUAUAUAUAUAUAUAUAUAUAUAUAUAUAUAUACUUUAUAGCUCAGUAAAUUUCAUUUAUUUUUUUAAACACCUGACUUUAUGUAUUUGUUUAUUUAUUUAAUUAUUUGAAACGGCAGCUAAGCUGGACAGUAAUAAAUAAAAAAAAAUAAAAAACAUGCAUUACAAUGAAGUAUUUAGCCUUUGUAAAAUGAUCUUACAUAGUCUGCUUAACAAGUGAUGUACAUAUACUGCAUUUUGAAGUCUAUUCAAAUUGUGUACAGAUGUAGCUCUGCUUACAGUGGAUAUUAAAACAAAAAAAAGUAUUUCUGUGUCAAGUACACACAAAUCAAUUCAAGGCAAUGGCCAUUGUUUUUCUGAGGUUUUAUGUAACUCAGAAAGUUGAAAACUCUAGGUAUAUUCUUUAAACAGUACAUUGUGAUGGGGUGAUAAUAGGCUUAUCAUAUUUAGUUUAAAUUAGCUAAAGUUUAAAUUAGAGAAUAUAUCCAGCUGGGUUGCACUUUUUUUUUUUCAACUUAACACAAUUUGUUUUAUGAAAACUAUUUAAGUUUAAAAUAUGUAAAAUGUGAAAUAUACCAAAUGUGUAAUUCGGAUAUAACAAAGAGUAUUAAAGAAUAUUAAGUUAUGAUGAAUACAAAACGUGAGUGUAGACGGAUAUUUCUAUUUAGUGACUGAACACCCAAAUAUUUUAAUUUAAUUUUAAAAUCUACAUCAUAGUUUCAAUAAUAAUACACCCUGUUGCAUUUUAAAAGUAAGCUUGUGUAUUUUGGAGAGAUUAUUUUUGAUUAAAAAAAGAAAUGGUGAAAACUAUUGAAACUAUUACAAUAUAAAUAAUAUGCAUUUAGAUCUGGAUUUCGGUUGCUACAGCAAAGUAAGGAGAACUAACAUAGAACUAACUUUAAAAAAUGUAAAAAAAAAUGUAAAAAAGAAGAUACAUAUGGUGGAAUUGUAUAAAAAUUCACAAAAUUGCAAUGCAUACCUUACUUUAUAACUUAAAUGUAUGACACAUUGGUGACUAAGGUAUUUUUGCUGCUUUUCCCAUGCACUCAAUCUACCACAAUUCCCCCUUGUUUUCUUUAAGUGUCUCCAUAUUUAUUAUAUAAAAAAUUUUAAAGGAAAAAUCAGGCUUUUUUGAUACCCUAUAUUUAAACAUUACUUAAGAUUAAAUAGGAAUACAAUAUUAUUAUUUUUUUAACUAAAAAAUAUAGUUUUGCUCAGUUUUGCAUUUAAUAAUCUUUACACACCAAGUGCACAUAAAGAAAACUAACUCAAAAUAGAUUCACUAAUUAGUCCUAAUUGUUGAAAUGCCUAAUGUGUCUAGGAUUUCAAUAUUUUUUUUUGACAUUAUAAAACAAAUACUGCAAGAAGUUAAUUGUGUUUUUUAUGCAAAAACUUUGAAAAAUAUGGUCUGCUGAAAUCACAAAUGUAUUAGUAGUCAUAGUUUCACAAAAGUAUAUAUUUGUAGAUUUGAAUAGAUAAGAGCAUGUAGACACUUUUUUUAUUUAAUAAUUUUUUCCCAAACCAAAGUCAAAUUAGUUCAUUGUUUUUUUUCCACACAUGUAUGUCCCACUACUACAAACACCCCAUUUUUGUGUUCUGCUAUUGUUAAUGUGUACAAUAUUACCCCACACAUAUAUCCUUUCUCCUAAUCCUGCCCCUAUUCCUAGCACUAAUAUGGUCAACCCUUAAUCCAACCCUUAAUAAAACCCUUAAUCCACCCUUUAGUCCAACCAUUAAUCCAACCCUUAACACAACCCAUAAUCGAUCCAAUAAUCCCCCUCCUAAUCCUAAUCAUAAUCCAAACUACCAAUGUACCUUACCAUAAUGGAACCCAUAGUACAACCUAUAAUCCUACUCGUAAUCCGACCUAUAAUCCAAACUGUAAUCCUACCCAUAACCCAACACUUAUCCUAUCCAUAAUCCAAUCCAUAAUCCUAUUUACCAUCCUACCUAUAAUCCCAGUCUUAAUCCCACCCUCUAAUCCCAGUCCUAACCACACACACUAAUCCCCCCUCUAAUUCCACCAUUAAGGGAUUCCAUCUGCUGAUACUGAUAUCAGCAGAAGGUUUUCCCAGCUCACACAGUAUAGAGGACGUUAAAGCUCUGCACUGCAUGAUGGCAUAGACCAGUGAUGGCUAACCUUGACACCAUAAAUUUUUUCUGGUCUACAUUUCCCAUGAUGCUCAGUUAUCUUAUAGAGUCUAACACCUAGCUGAGCAUCAUGGGAAAUGUAGUUCAGAAACUAGUUAUAGUGUCAAGGUUAGCCAUCACUGGCAUAGACCAUAAUAUCAUCCUUAAGUGGUUAUUAAUAAACAAAAAGACUAAUUUCAUACAUUGCAUAUACCACUUGAUUACUUAAAAAAAAAAGAAAAAUAGAUCCAGAGAAUGAAUGUUAAGCUUCUCAAUGUUGUGGCUAUGAGGCAAGUAGUCUUUAAGCAACCUUCUUGUGUUUUAAAGGUUCUACUGGUGUCUAAAAUCAGCCCUCCUGCUGUGCCUCAACUAAUAAGGAAGUUAAUGUGCAAUAAGCCUGCCCAACUUUGGGUGAGAGUACCAGGGCAAGAACUUUGGACAGCAGAUGAUAAGAUCAUUUGAGUUUAGAUGCCUAUAUCGAUAUAUCAGUUUGAGGAAAGGUUCUAAAUUAAUGGGAGCAGCUGCAAAUAACUACUGUUUCCUGUGAGAGUAAUGGCAAUAAGUGACCUAAUGCAGACUUGAUGUUAUUCAUGUUCUUUAUAUAUGCUGUGACAUUAUCCUCUAUACACUACUGAGUUUAAAAACAUGAUAUGGUAUAGUGAAUAUAAAUAUAUAUAUAGUUAAUACAAUGUUAAACAAAAAUCUGCACACCAGUCAAGCCAUAAGACUUGCUUUCCCUACAUAAUCUGCAGUGAUGUUACUACCGCAAAGGAUUCUGGGUGGGAAUAUGCAAAUUAGUUUAACAAAGACUCAAAUUUUUGCCUCAUUCCAUUUUAAACAUGGAUUCUUUUGAAUCUGUGUUUUCUGUAUACAACAGCUUUGAAACACAACUUAGGAAAAGAUGCAAAGCCAGUGAACCACUCAUGGACAGCUGUUUCAUUGUUAAUGCAAAUCAUCUGCACAAGGUUGGUUUUAUAUAUAUAUAUAUAUAUAUAUAUAUAUAUAUAUAUAUAUAUAUAUAGUAUAGUGAAUGUUUCUGGUAUCAUCCACUUCUAAUUACAUUUGAGUAAUGGGAUUUGCUCAUAAAAUCUAUAAGCACAUAAUGAUGAAGUUAAUACAAAUUGAUAUAACUGCAAAAUGCAUUUGCAAUAGAGAAACUGUGGCAUUUAAAUAUAAAAUAUCCAUAUUGCUGUCUUGGAAAUGUAGUUGAAUAAAAAUGAUGCUACUGAAUUGCAAUAAGAGUACAAUAGCAUACACAGGGUUACUCACUGACGUGAGCAUUCAGAGUGAAUUUAAAACUUAAGGCCAAAGUAGCAAAAUUGCUGAAAAAUUCUCUAAAUCAGCAAUACUUGCAGUCCAGCUAACUUUGGGCUAAAAUUUUAAAUUCAUGUUGAAUUCAUUUUAAACUCUCAUUUUAGUAAAAAAUCCUAACAGUUUGGUUAAAGCUAGUCUUGCUGUUUGUUGGAUGAAAAAAAAAUAUUUAAAUUUGGAAGUAUUUGUAAAUAUUUAAUUUUUAAAUAAAACCUUAAACUCUGUAAUUCAAUAAACAAUAGCAAAAAACAAUCUUCUGUCUUUAUUAGCAAGAACAAACAGUUCUUUAACACCUUAAGGUAAGACAACAACCAGAGACAUCAGCCCUAAAAACAACUUCAUUGUGCAGAAGCCAUUUUAACGGUUGAAAGUACCCUUAAAGGGUUAUUCUAAGCACCAUGACUACUUCAGUGAUUUGAAGCAGUUAUGGUACUUGGAGUCUGUACAUACUGUGUUUCACUUUGAAGACAGAGAUUAAUCUUUUUGCUUCUGGGAGUGUUACUCCACCCCCAGUAGCAUCAUUAGCCAGCGUCUGACGUCAACACCCACAGCCAAUGGUGGCAUUUUAAGAUGUUUAAGUUAGUAUUUCAGCUUAUUUACAGUUGGGUUCUUUUUUUGUAGAUAUUUCAGUGUUGUAUUGAUCCUUUGUAGAUGUAUUUUGGUAUUCAGUGAAUAAACCCCCAAAUUAUAAUUGAUCUGGAACCAGUGGCGUACUAAGGGGAGGGCGGGGGGGGCGAUCCGCCCCGGGUGCCACCAGGAUGGGGGGUGCCAUGACCAGCCCCGCCGGCCCCCCUUCAUGCUGCAGCCGCCCGAGCGCUCUGUAGUGAGCCUCAGGCGGCUGCAGCAUUGCCCGGGCGGUGCGUCCAUGAGGGCGGACCGCACCGCCCGGGCGCAGCAUGAGGGCUUAACAGGAGGGGAAGUUACCAGCUGCCCUCCCACGUAUUUCUCGUGAGCCGAGCACGUGGGCGGGUACAGUGGGAGAAGCAAUUCCUGUGGCUCAAGCCGAUCAACAGGAAGCGCACCUGAGUGUGCACUUCCUGCUAGUCCCAGCCUGCUAUAAACAAAGUUACCUGCACCACCGACUAUAAUUAAGCCCGCCUACCUACGUAGGGGGUAUGAGAAAGGGGUGAGAAAGAAGAGAAAGGGGGGUGAGAGAAAGAAGAGAAAGGGGGAUGAGAAAGAAGAGAAAGGGGUGUGAGAGUUACGAGAAAGGAAGGAGGGGAAGUGGAGAAAAAGAAGAGAAAAGUAAGUGAGAAAGAAGAGAAGGGGGGGCGAGAAAGAAGAGAAAGGGGGGGUAUGUUAAAAGAGAAAGGGGGGUGAGUAAAAGAAGAGAAAAGGGGGGCAGAGAAAGAAGAGAAAGGGGGAAGGAGGGGGGGUGAGAAAGAAGAGAAGGGCAGAAAGAAGAGAAAGGGGUGAGGAAAGAAGAGAAAGGGGGGGUGAGAAAGAAGUGAGGGUGUGUGAAAGAAGAGAAAGGGGGGUGAGGAAAGAAGAGAAAAGGGGGGGUGAGAAGGAAGAGAAAUGGGGGUGCAAAGGAAGCUAUGAAGGAGGGUGAGAAGGAAGAGAAAGGGGGUGAGAGAGGAGGGUGAGAAAGUGAGGGGUGUAUAUUAAUUAUGGGGUGUAUUAAUUAUGGGGGGUGUAUCAAUUAUGGGGUAUAUUAAUUAUGGGGGGUGUAUCAAUAUGGGGGUGUAUAUUAAUUAUGGGGGUGGUGUGAAUUAAUUAUGGGGGGUGGAUUAAUUAUAGGGGGGAUUAAUUAUUGGGGAUGUAUUAAUUAUGGGGGUGUAUUAAUUAUGGGGGGUGGAUUAAUUAUAGAGGGUGGAUUAAUUAAGGCGGAGUGGAUUAAUUAUGGGGGGUGGAUUAAUUAAGGGGGGAAUUAAUUAUGGGUAGUGGAUUAAUUAAGGGGGGGUGGAUUAAUUAUGGGGGUGUAUUAAGUGGGGUGUAUUAAUUAAGGGGGAUGGAUUAAUUAUGGGGGGUGGAUUAAUUAUGGGGGAGUGGAUUAAUUAAGGGGGUGGAUUAAUUAGUGUGGAUUAAUUAAGGGUGUGUGUAUCAAUUAAGGGGGGUGGAUUAAUUAAGGGUGUGUGGAUGAAUUAGUGUGGAUUAAUUAAGGGGUAUGGAUUAAUUAAGGGGUAUGGAUUAAUUAAGGAGUGUGGAUUAAUUAAAGAAAACCUUUAACAUUUUUUACAGGUUUUUUUUUUGGGGGGGGGGGUCCGUCCCGGGUGCCAAAUGCUCUAGGUACGCCCCUGUCUGGAACCAAAAACCCAUUAAACCAGCGGUUCCCAAACUGUGUGCUGCGGCGCCCUGGGAACCGCUGGCACCCGGAGGCGCCACGACGUGCACACAGAGGUGCCGUAGAAUGUUUCCUCGAUGCUAUGAUUAUAGUAACGGGGAAACAUUACUGUUCAACAGGGACCUGGUUGAGUGCCACGAUCCUUUAAGACCGCGACUGGGUCCCUGUAGUGUCAGCUGGCUGGGAGUAAGUGACAGUGUGUAUGUGUAUGUAUGUGUAUGUGUAUGAGUGUAUGUGUAUGAAUGUGAGUGUAUGUACGAGUGUGAGUAUGAGUAUGUGUAUGAGUGUGUGUGUAUGUGUAUGAGUGUAUGUGUGUGAGUGAGCAUGAGUGUGUUUGUGUCAGGGUGUUUGUGAGUGUGUGUGUGUUAGGGUGUGCAUCUGUGUGUGUGCAUAUAUAUGUCAGUGUGCUUCUGUGUCUGUGUCUGUGUGUCCCCACCAUAACCUAUUUGUGUGUAUGUGCUCUGUGUGUCAGGGUGUAUGUUUUUAUGUCAGUGUGUAUCUGUGUCAUGGUGUGGGCAUGUAUCAAUAUUUGUGUGUGUCAGGGUGCAUGUGUGUAUGUCGAUGUGUAUCUAUAUGUGUGUAUGUGUCGGUGUCUAUAUGAAUUUGUGUGUAUGUGUCUGUGUAUUUAUAUGCAUCUGUGUGGUAAUGUGCAUGAAUAUCUGUGUAAGUAUGUAUGUAUGUAUGUGGUAGUGUAUGUGCAUACAUCCAAUUAGUCAAACACCUGCACAAUAUACAAGCACAUUCUUGCAAUCUAACACAAAUAUUACUUACAAACACACCCCUGCAUUCAAACACAAAUACUUCACACAAAUGUAUAUCCACAUUUAAAAGUGAACAUUACAUUCAGACACACCCCUGCAAGCAAUCACAAACAUUACAUGCAAACACACCCCUGUAUUAAAACACAAUAAAUGUAUACAAGCAUCCCUUCAAACACCAACACUGUACAUUACACUAUAGCACCAGUAAAGUGCCUUGGAAAAAUACUAAAAUAUUAAGGGCGCCUUGAACCUAAAAAGUUUGGGAACCACUGCAUUAAACUAUUUGUCUCUAAUAAAUAUUUCUCGCAACGUUAUCUGCCAAUAAUGAUGUAAAUCUGAUAGAGAUAUUUGGCAUUCAUUGUUAUAUACUGUGUCCAUGCAACUGAUGGGCAAAAGAGAAUAGAAGAAAUGAAACAAUUUUUUUUAUUUCUUCUCUUCAUUUGCAAUGUUUACCCUGGCUUUGCCUUGUCUGGAUUGGUUUAUGAUGUAAUUUUCAAAAUAUUUAAUAAUUAUUUAAAAUAAAACAGAGCAUAUCAUGAAAAAAAGGUUAGCACAAGUUAUAGGUAAUGGUCAUGCUCGAUAUUUUAUUCAUCGGUGUUCUCACUUUAAGUGUUUAACCCCUUAAGGACAGCGGGCGUACUAUGCCGUCCUUGAAGGGGUGGCUCUAAACGCUGGCGGGCAACAUAGAACGACCGCGCUAUCCUAUUCACGUACCCGAUCCCCGCAAACACAGAUUAAAAGGAAUCCAUGUUUAAAAUGGAAUGAGGCAAAAAUGUUAUUCUUUGUUAAACCUAUUUGCAUAUGCCCACCCAGAAUCAUUUGCAGUAGUAACAUCACUGCAGAUUUGUGAUUUAUGUGGGAAAAGCAAGUCUUAUGGCUUGACUGGUGUGUAGAUUUUUGUUUAACAUUGUAUUAACUAUCCACAGACUUCAGGUGGAAGGGGUUUCCAAUCACAAUUUUUCCCCACCAUAACCUAUUUGAUAAAUAUACAUAUAUUAUAUCUAUAUAUAAUAUAUAUAUAUUUAUAUACAAACUGUAUACAUUGUAAAUAUAUAUUAUUAUAAAAAAUAAAUAAUAAGUAAGUAAAAAUUAAAAAAAUAAUGAUAUUUUAAUAUGUAAUUUCAUUCUAAGUGUAUUUGAUAUGUAUAUAUAAAUACACAAAAGUAAUAAAAAUAUAAAUAUAUCCAUAUGCAUAAUUACAUAAAUAACUUCAUAAAUAUACACGUAGACUUCAAAUAUAUAAAUAUGUAUAUAUAUUUAAAUUCUAUGUGCAUAUUUAUGUAAUAAUUUUACAUAAUGAAAUAUUUUUAUUGAUUACAUUUUGAGGGACCUGCCUGACAACCCAGGCAGAAAGUCCAGAAAAUUAAAUUUGCUAGCACUAACCUGUAACUUUCCAAGACACCCUAAAACUUGUACAUGGAGGAUACUGUUUUACUCGGGAGAUUUCACUGAGUACAAAUAUUAGUGUUUCAAAACAGUAAAACGUAUUACAAAGAUGAUAUUGUCAGUGAAAGUGACAUUUUUUUUCUACACACAAACGGUACUUCCAUUGCUGAUAUCGUUGUUGUGAUACGUUUUCCUGUUUUGAAACACUAAUAUUUGUGUUCAGUCAAGUCUCCUGAGUAUAACAGUAUCCCCCAUGUACAGGUUUUAUAGUGUUUUUGAAAGUAACAUGUUUAAAUAUAAGGUUUGCUUUUCCAUUGUUUUCACUUUUAAAUUUGCCAGAUUGGUUAUGUUGCUUUUGCGAGAGUAUGGUAGCCCAGGUAUGAGAAUUACCCCCAUGAUGGCAUACCAUUUGCAGAAGAAGACAACCCAAGGUAUUGCAAAUGGUGUCACAAACACUGGCCAAAGUUAGCGUUCAUAAUUGUUUUUUGCAUUUUUAACACACAAACAAAUAUAAAUGCUAACUUUGGCCAGUGUUUGUUACCAAGUGGCUAGUAAAAAAGACUGGACAUACACCAUAUUGAAUACCCUGUUUUGUCUACUUUUUCAAAUGGGGGUAAUUCUCAUUCCUGGGCUACCAUACAGUCUCAAAGGCAACAUAACCAGUCUGGCAAAUUUCAAUGUGUAUAAACUGGAAAAUAAAACAUGUGAUAUUUGACCCUGUUACUUUCCAAAACACCAUAAGACCUGUACAUGGGGUGUAUUGUUGUACUCAUGAGGCUUGGCUGAAUACAAAUAUGUGCAUGUGUUUGGAGUAAAAGCUAACAGUAUUAUGAAAUUCACAGUUAGAAUGCUACGCAGAACUAAACAUUUUUUUUUUUAAAUCUUAAUUUCUCAAUUUUUUUUAUUUCAUUCAUCAUGAAUUAUGUUUCAUAUAUAAAUUGUUCAUGUGAAAUGCAAGCCCUGUUUCUCCUGAAAAAAAAUGAUACAUAAUACAUGUGGGUACACUUAAUAUGAAAAGGGUGAAUUACGUUGAACAGACAAAUAGCGCAAAUUCCAGUUUUUGUUUACGUUUUGUUUUGAUCACAACGUGUACAGCUGGCUCAGUGCUUAAGGGGUUACAAUAUGUAUAAUGAACACAGUAUUUUGGAAUUUUCAGUAAAACUAGUGAAAUCUUUUCUUCUCAAAACAAGAAUUUGCAUUUAAAUGAAUCAUAAAAAAAUAUUUUAAUAUAGCCAAAUAUUUUAAGAAUGCAUCUUGAAUCAUCAUACAUUUUCUUACCAGUCCCGUCUGUUUUGUCUUUGGUCCAAAUUCCUAAAUUUUCUCACAUAUACUUCUCUGUGCCUAAUGUGGAUAACACUCCAGCAGGCCUGCACUACCCAAAUCCAUCCUGUCACUAUGGAAACCAGCAAGCUGCCUAUGGGGUCAUGACAGGUAAGAAUGAAUUUAAAGACUUUUGCAUGAUCUGUACAGUAUUAUGUAUUUUUAUUAGUAACAGUAACAAUAGAAAGUUAAAUCAGAACGUAAAAAAGUUAUAUCCAUGCACCUGUAACAUCUGGUAAUGUUGAAUGGAUGUAAAAACAAUGCAGACAUAUUAUGAUACUUACAGGGUUAGUCACUAAUGGGAGAAUUUAAGGUUAAUUCAAAAUUAAUAUCAAAAUUUAAGUCAAAAUAACCAAACUGGAAAAAUUCCCUCUAAUGUGGCCUUUAGUUUGAAAUUCACUUUGAAUUCACCUUGAAAUCUCACUGUAGUGAAUAUAAUAAACUUGAUAGUGGAAAAUCUUUUGUUUUCUCGGAAAGAGAAAACUGUUACCUUAAAGCAUUUUUUUUUUAAUAUAACAAUCCUUUUGUCACGUUUUAAAAAGGAAAUAGAUUUGUUUUUAAAUUGAGGACAGUGUUUAAAAACCAACAGAAGACCAAAGAGACUGUCGGCUUUCAAACACCAUCUGACCCAAGGUGUAUGUAUGUGGCUAAAGGAUCCUGUCACAUACUAAAGGUAGGGAUUAGUUUUCUAAAUGUUUUGACAUAAACUUGUUUUUUUUUAUUUUUUUAAAAAUCUAUUUCCUUUCUAAACUUAGUGAAAUGAUGUUAUAUUAAAAGUAGUUUUUAGGUGACAGUUGUACUUUAAGUUUGUUUCUCGGAGUUAGUGUGUUUUUAUGUUCUGACCCGAUCGGACUAGUCUAUUCUCUGGUACCCCUGAGCUGGUUUGUUUAUCAUUGUUUGAGAAUGCAGCAUUCUAAUCUUGGCUCGAGGUGUUGAUCAUGGAUGUUUGUCCACAGUCAUUCAUAUCUUUCUGCUCCUAGGAGGCGUUAUGCAUAGCCCAGGCAUCCCAAUAAUAUCCCUGGCUGUUCCUCUCUUCCCUUUCUCUUUUUUUUCUGGUUAGGUUGUGGCCUAUAUUCUGUGAAUUAAACUUUGUUUCCUAAGCGAUUAGCAAGCUCUCUUUAAACAUUCAUUAAUAGCUUAAAAUUAUAAGGCAGAUAUGUAGGUGGCUGAUAAGGAGAGUGAGAUGCCGUUCUAGCCAAAUAUUUUUUAUUGAAAAGGUUUUUCUAAAAUAGUAAUUUUAUAAACAUUUCAAAAUUGACCACUAUUAAUACUUAAUCUUAGAACUGUGUCAUAUAUCGGAAUCAGUUCUCAAGAUGGCAGAUAAUAAACAAACGGACAUCAACUCUGUGUCUUGUAGUAGUGAUGACAACAAGCUUUCUUUUUAAGAUGUACGUGUCAAGAUCUGUAAAUUAAUAUAUUGCUGCUGAGAUAUGAAAAUGUAUGUUAUUACAACUAUUUUGUAGGAAUUAAAUCUGCCACUCCAGAAAUGUUGUCAGCAAGUAUUUCUCAAACAAGAAUUUUACAAACUUGCAGCAUGCCCCUGUCAAACGUUGUCAAUGGAGUGAGUACACUGCAAGGCAAGUUGUUCUCUAAAUUAAUUAACCACAUGAUAACCACAUGAUACUGAAUAUGAACACUGCAAUCCAUGUUCUGUUACUGAAAGAUCCCACAUUUAUCUACAUAGCCAGUAAUUAAAUUCAUUGGGAAAAUCUGAAUAGAAAAUGAAAAGUAAUAAUGUCAAACAGUGUCAUAUAGAGAAGAGCAGUUAAAGAACAAGAUAGACAGAAACAUCUAUUCUUUAUCCAGUCCUGUGUAGUACAUACAUCUCUUUCUGGUUAUGUAAUGUAGAGAGCAAAGGGGUCUUUUAUACUCAGGAUGAUAGGUCAUUGUAAUCUAAUAAGAUGUUGACCAUCAGAAACUGUUAUCUACAAGGCUUCAAUGUAAAUCUGAUUUACAAAAUUCUGCUAGAUUUAUUUAGAAUAACAUUUAAAUCCUGUUUGCUAAUGUCAGCACCAUCUAUUAAGGGGAGUCUUUAGAAGGAGUUAUAACCUUCACUUUGUUUUUAUAAAAAACAUUAUAAGUACCUUCUACAUUCUUCAUUUUACCAGUCAACAACCUUUCAUGGACAGCAAAAAGUAGGCAGGUAUUAAUUAUUAAAUACUUAUAAUAAUGUAAAAUAGAAAUAAUUAACAUUGUUACAUGCAGUCAUUGAUUUUUAAUUCAUCUUGCAAUGUGCAUUAAAUACUUUGGAGGUAUUUAAUAUUUACCAUAUAUUUCUGUGUAAAAAAUAAAAAUUAAAAUCAGAAAUGCACAUUACCUUUUGUUUUUAGGAGUCCAUGCAGGUAGUCUGCCUCCUUGCCUUAUGAGUGCUAGCUCUUGUGCGCUGGGACAUGGAUUUGCUCCUGUGCAUCAAUCUCUCCUUGGAGAGGACCUAACCACUGCAGACUUCAAGCAGGAGUUCCGAAGAAAAAAUAAACCAAUUGAAGAACCAAUUGACAUGGAUUCUCCAGAAAUUAGGGAGUUGGAAAAGUUUGCUAACCAGUUUAAAGUCAGGAGAAUUAAGUUAGGUAUGUUUUUGUUUUCCAAAUGUUAUGUAUAAAAAUAUCGGUUGCUGUCUGGACUGCAGUUGUGAUGAUGUUGACCUGUUUUCAGGAUUUGAAUAAAACAAAGUCAGUCCAACAGAAAAAGUAUGGAUGUGCUAUCAAAUUAAAUUUUUAUUCUGAUUUAUAAAUCAAGAAGUGUUUAUUUUUAGUGUCCAUUGAGUGGGUAAGAGAGCUAUGUAUGCACAAAGUGACAUUGUCCUUGUUUCCUCCAGUUUACUUCCAUUUGUUUUGAGACUGGAGAGGACAAGAAGGUGUCUAGAGGGAAGAGAUGUCCUUAGAGAGGAGAAAGACUGCCUCUCCUGUCUAAGAGAAUUUAGGAGAUUAAAACACCAUGAUGCAAAUGCUUUUUUCUGCUUGCUUCACAAGUGUUCAGGAUGACAGGCAGGGAAUCAAACUGACUUGAAUUUACAUCCAUGCAUCCCCAGCCUACAAUCUACAAGGUUAAAUACCCAGGAGGCAUGGUCUCACUAUAGUAACCCCACAUUACCAUCUGCUUUACACAGAUACUCUCUGCUGAUUGCCCCGGUUACUGUGUAAACCUCUAGAAGGAAACAGGGAGUCCGGAGGCCUUGCAGAGAAGAUGAGAGCAUUUGAGAGUAGCAGAGUUGCCACUCACCUAGUACAAUGUGAAAGAAACCAGGCAGCUGUUAUGGGAAAAAGACACCUGAUAAUAAAAUAAUACUAAAAAAUCAGCAACCGUUUUGCUGCAGUAGGUCCAAACCUAGUUGGCCUAGUGGAGAAUAUGUAGUUGCAUUUGUAGACGUGUCAGUUAUCACUCUCAGCCAAAGAAUAAUAAUGUGCAGAGUUGGUUUGCUAAUGUAAAGUACGAACAUCUACUCUAGUUUACCAGUGCAGAUUGAAAGGAUCACAGAUGACCGAAAAAUCCACGUAAAUGUCAAACCAUUGGCAUAUUGUCAGAAAGCUCAUCAUGUCAUUGGACAGAGCAAGAGGACUCAUGGCAUCAUAAGCUAUAAACCCCAUUGUAGUGGUUAUGGUACUGGUAGUGUCCAUUUAAUGUAGCUACAUUUACAUAGUAACACAACAGUCUCUGCUCAUAGGAGGCUUGAUGUUCUGAGCAAACUGCAAUACAGACUACAUGAAUUUGUCAUCAGAUCAAAAAUUAACAAAACAUUUAAAGAAUUCAAUACCGUUUCACAACUUGGAAUAAUGCAGGGACAUAGGUUUAAUUAUUCUAAAACAACUGCCAUUCUUGUAUAAUUUUCAGCUUUGCUAAACAAAUGGCCAAGCCUGGGUUUUACUGAUAUAAUGAAAUUUAUGUUUUUUUUGUUUUUAUUUUAUUUUUUUUGAUUUACAGUUUUUAAUACAAAAUACACAAAUAUGUACAAAGCCAAUCAUUACAGAACACAUAACACAUUAUUGAGCAGUACUCUGAUUUUGUAAAUCUAAUUUAUCAAAAUAUAUUACAUAUUGAAACAAAACAAAAUAAACCGCAUAAAGCAUUGUUAACAAUGUAUUCAGGCACAAGCCUGAGAAACUAUAUACUGUAUUACAGUUUGAAUGCAAGUUAUUCUUCGCAUUACGAUCUUGAUAUUGGGUGCAGCUCAUGCAGACAUGAUCAGAACACAUUAAGGACACAUGACGGAAAUAUUCUGUCAUGAUUGCCUUUUAUUCCAGAUGUUGUGUCCUUAAGGGGUUAAUUGUCAAACUUUGCUAUUUGCAAAUAAAAAGAAGUACUAAAAGGGAUAAACAAUGUCUUAUAUAGAAUGCCAUUUAGGGAAAACACAAAUCACAUUUCCCUUUUCCCUAUUUUCCUUUUUGGGAGUUAUUUAUAUAUUGUAUACAUUUUAAUUUUACAGUAAAUGAUGGUAUGACAUCUAUUGCAAAUUAAUUAUUUUGCAGUUUUAUACUAGGACAAAACUAAUGAAAUUAAACAAACUACUCAUAGAACAUAAAAUCUAAUAAAUCUAAUGUGACCUAUGGUUUAAGUGGUAAGUUGUGCAUUAGGAAAAUGCUGCACAAUUAGGUUUUAUAAAAUGAUCAGCUUUCCGAAAUGCUGCCUUUCAUACACAAUGCAUGCCUGUGUGGAAUCCCAUUAAAAAUAUAAACAUCUGAAUGGUUGGUGUUCAGAAUGCUGGCUGUCAUCUAAGCUAUGAUGUGAUAGUGCUGCAUUAAAGGGACACUAAAGUCACCUAAACAACUUUAGCUUAAUGAAGCAGUUUUAGUGUAUAGAUCAUGCCUCUCAGGUUUCACUACUCAAUUGGCUGCCUUUUAGGAGUUAAAUCACUUUGUUUCUGUUUAUGCAGCCCUUGUCACACCUCCUCUGACUCUGACUGACACAGCCUGCAUGAAAAAAAAGCUGGUUUCACUUUCAAUCAGAUGUAAUUUACCUUAAGCAAUUGUAUUUCUUUCUUUGUAAAUUGAACUUUAAUCACAUACAGGAGGCUCUUGCAGUGUCUAGCAAGCUAUUGAGAUAGCAAGGGAUAAUAAAAUCUAAAUUAAACAGAACUUGCAAUAAAGGAAGGAUUCACUUUAGAUGACUCUUUAUAGGAAGUGUUUAUGGAAGGCUGUGCAAGUCACAUGCAGGGUGGUGUGACUAGGGUUCAUAAACAAAGUUAUUUAACUCCUAAAAGACAGAGAAUUGAGCAGUGAGGCUGGAGGGGCAUGUUCUAUACACCAAAACUACGUAAUUAACCUAAAGUUGUUUUGGUAACUAUAGUGACCCUUUAAAAAGAGAAGAGCUUUACAGUUUAUAAUGCUACCAUUUUAAAAUGUUUACAGCUUUGCAGGUUUAUAAUGAUAGGAAGGAUUUUAAAUCUGGGAUAAGCUUUGAGGAAUGGUAUGGGGUGGACAUUUGUUCUUGAGAAAAUAAAUACAGUUUAUAAUGUUAACAUUUUAAAAUGUCUAGGGUUAUGCAGGGAUUAAUUAUAAGUGAUGUAUAAGGCAGGGAUAUUAAGAGGUAUCUAUUUCAGAGGGAUAAUUUAUGGGUUUAUUCUGUUGCUUCAACAGGUUUAUAUUGUUAGGAAGGAUUUUAAAGCUGGAAUAAGCUUUGAGGACUGCUAUAGGGUGGACCUUUGUUCUUGAGAAAAUGAUAAAACCCUAUAUAAAUAUAUUUCAAAUAUAAAUAAUGGCUUAGUCAUUGAUGGUGUGCUCAAUAAGCCUUAGAAUGUAAAUCAUUAUCCUUUACACUACUGGGAGAAAAUGUCAGGUCAGUGCAAGUGCAUGCUGUUAAAAUCUUAAACAAUAAUAUGUUGACAUGUCAACUACAUCAUUUUAUUUUUAUAGGCUACACACAGACUAAUGUCGGUGAAGCUCUUGCAGCAGUACACGGCUCGGAAUUCAGCCAAACAACAAUAUGCCGUUUUGAAAACCUGCAGUUAAGCUUUAAAAACGCAUGCAAACUGAAAUCCAUACUAUCAAAAUGGUUGGAUGAAGCCGAACAAGUUGGAGGUAUUCAUUGCCUUAUCAAGAUUGUUACCAUAUUUUUUAUUAUAAACUGAUUGCAAGAUACAAAGAAGAACAAGUUUUUGCCCCAUUCAGUACAUUCAGCUUUUACUGAAUAAUGUAGUGUGGCUGCAAUACAAAUAAUGAAGCACGUUCUAUAUGACAGACUUACCAACUGCAAGAGAUGACCAAGAUUAGCUCAAGCUCUGGUCAAUGUGACAGAACCCACCUCCUCCCCCUCCCCCCAUGAUAUCGAGAGUGCAUCAUUAGAAAUUAUGGCACCUUACCAGUUAACUUUAACUGUAUAAAGAAUAGAUUAAAAUGGCAUCACCAUGAAAAGCCUUAUUGUUAAUUAAAUUUGAUAAUGUAAAGAAGAAGGCAGAAAAGUUAGUGGAAAGAAGCAGAGUAUAUUUGCCAGCAGACUUGCCAAAUCUCGAGGUCUGUGUUUGAAGAUAUCCACGCAUUAUAUUAUGCUCUUAUCAUCUUGAGCUUUGAAGUUUGCAUCAGAAUCAAUGCUCUAAUAUAGAGAUGUGUGUUUAAAGCAGCGCUCCAUUGCUAAAGGUGCAGAGGUUCAAGGUUAAGAAUGAAAUACUAUUCAUGUCUGUGUUCAUUUGCAUAUCCAGCAGGGCAUUUUGUGAGAAUUAAGGAAACAUGACUUCUCAGAAAUGCUAUCUUCAAGAAAAACUAUGAUUUGUAAUAUGUAAAUGAUGCACAGCAGUAGAUUUUUAAUUUGCAUUAAUCAGUGGGAGGUUUUAUCACAUUUUGCUCCCACCGCAACUUUCUUUGAUAUUUGAAUUUUUUGUUAUAACCAUCUACACUCUUGUUGUGAAACAUGACCCGUCAUUUUAUUAUUUUUAUGCUCAAACACUCUUCACAAUACUGAGACUUCAAGCAAAAUGCCCUAAACAGUUUCCAGAAUUGCUGUUAUUGUUGGUAUAUCAUACACUUUUCCUUAAAAAAAAUUAUUUGAUUACUUCUGGAUUAUUUAAUUAUUGCCAUGACUUCAAAGACAAUGUGCAGUUCUGAUUGCUAGUUAAUAAUCAUUUUUUUUUCUAUUUACAAAUAAAUAUUUAUGUACUUCAAUAUUAUGUUGCUUUUGAACAGCUUUAUACAAUGAAAAAAUUGGUGGUAAUGAACGAAAAAGGAAACGCAGAACAACAAUAAGGUUAGUGAGAAAAAAAUAUUUUUAACCUCAUAUUGAAUAGCUAAUGUUUAAAGCUGGCCUUAUUAUUAUUGUAAUUGUUCAUCUUACUGAGCUACAUAUGUUUGUUCUUUACGUACACUGAUCAGCCACAGAACUAAAACCACUGACAGAUGAAGUUAAUAACAUUGAUGAUAUUGUUACAACAGCAUCUAUAUUGGGGGUGGGGGAUAUCUUAGACAACAAGUAAACAGUCAGUUCUUGAAUUUCAUGUGUUUUCAACAGGAAAAAUGGGCAAAUGAAAAGACCUGAGUGACUUUGACAAAGGCUAAAUAGUGAUGGCUAAAUGACAGGGUUAGUGUAUCUCCAAAACAUCAAGUCUUUUGGGGGGUGUUCCCAGUAUGCAGUGGAUGGUACCUACCAAUAGUGGUGUAGGGAAGGACAGCCGGUGGGCUGGCAUCAAGGUCAUGAGUGCCCAAGACUCAUUGAUGUACGUGGGGAGCAAAGCUUAAACUGCUAAAAGACUUAAUGGUGGCCAUGGUGGAAAGGUGUCAGAACACACAGUGCAAUGCAGUUUGGUGAAUAUGGGAAAUAAUGCAGUCCAGCAGAGGCAGUGUUAUGCUCUGACAAUGUCCUGCUGGGAAACCUUGGGUACUGGCAUUCAUGUGGAUAUUACUUUGACACAUAACGCCUACCUAGAGAUUGUUGCAGACCAAGUACGCCCCUUCAUGGCAAUGGUGUUCUUUGUUGUCAGUGGCCUCUUUCAGCAGGAUAAUGCACCCUGCCACACUGCAUAAAUUGUUCAGGAAUGGUUUGAGAAACAUUACAAAGAGUUAAAUAUGUUACCUUGGCCUCCAAAUUCCCAAGAUCUCAAUUCAGUUGAGCAUCUGUGGGAUGUGCUGCUACAACAAAUUCGAUUCAAGGAGGCCCCAUCUCAAUGUGCAGUGCUUAAAGGAUCUACUGCUACUAUCAUGUGAUAUCUGGCACCAAGACAUGUUCAGAGGUCUUGUGGAGACCAUUCCUCGAUGCAUCAUGUCUGUUUUGGCAGCACAAGGUGGACCUACAUGAUAUUAGGCAGGUGGUUUUAAUGUUGUGGCUGAUCAGUGUAUUACAGAAACAUGACUGUAGUCUUCUACAAGCACACCAUAUAUCUGGUGUUUAGCAAACUCAAUUAUGUAGCAAUUUUUAUAUUGUGAUAAUCAACUAUGGUCUUAUGCAAUACUAACUUAUAAGCUUCUUGUAAGCAUGUGUGUUUAUAAGUGAACAGAGUAUCUAAGUAACCACAGUGCAGUAGGUUCUUAUCAUUUUUUUAUUUAGUAGGCUAUUAUCAAAGGUUAUUUAUUUUGCCAGAGGUUAGAUGCCAAUGCAUCCCACAUAGUCCUGUUGCAGUUGCAGCCAUUUCAAUAAAGUGAAAGUAUUACAAUGCAUUCUGGAAUGUGGAGUUGCUACUUACAUCCACAUUUAAUACUGACCUUCCUACAAUCAAAAUAUAGAACCGAAAAAUAGGGCUCAUUUGAGAAAACAAAUUAUGUCAGAAAGUCCUAAGUGCCGUAAUGUUAAAGUCUAAUGGGCAUGACUUUGAAGAACUACUACACAUAGGUGAAAUAAUUUACUUUUAUUCUAUGCAUCUAUAACAGAGGUAUGUGAGCCCAUUUUAUACUAUACUGAUAGCUGAAUGGGUUUGUAUUACCACAGUAGAGUAGAAUGGUUGUUAAUGAGAAAAAAACUAAACUAUAAUUAAAUUGAAAAAAUUGAGUUGUUAAAGCAUGAUUAACAACUACAAAGUUAUGGCAUUAGUAAGUCAGGUACUGAUCAAAACUGAUAAAUCACAGGAGCUUGUAAGUAAUACCAUAAAUAACCGGUGGUAUUCAGUAAUGGCAAAAUUAUUACUUACUUUAGAAAGCAUUCUUUCAGAGGAGUAAACGUAAUAAUAUUUAAAGAGUUGAGAGGAAAUGGAUAUAUAAUCAAAGGACCAUAAAACUUUAAAGUGGAACUUUAACUUCCCAGGAUUUCUAAAGAAUAUUUUUUAUAUAUCCCUAUAUUUAAAGGGACACUAUAGUCACCAGAACAACUAAAUCUUAUUGAAUGUUUUCUGGCGAGUAUAAUCAUUACCUUCAGACUUUUUGCUGUAAGCACUGUCUUUUCAUAGAAAAUGCAGUGUUUACAUUACAGCCCAGUGAUAACUUCACUGGCCACUCCUCAUGUGGCUGUUAGAGAUCCUUCCUGGGUCAUGGCUGCCUAAAAUGCAUCCAAACAUUCAGUAUCUUUUCCCUCUGCAUGCAGACACUGAACUUUCCUCAUAGAGAUUCAUUCAUUCAAUUAAUCUCUAUGAGGAGAUGCUGAUUGACCAGGGCUGUGUUUGAAUCAUGCUGGCUCUGCCCCUGAUCUGCCUCUUUGUCUAUUAGUCUCAGCCAAUCCUAUGGGGAAGCAUUGUGAUUGGAUCAGGUUACCACUUCUGAUUAUGUCAGCAGACUACUUGUUUUUCUGAGUCUAACAGGAUGCUGAGUUACAGCUUCAGGCUUGAAUACAGUAAGAUUUUUAAUAUAUUUAUGCAGGCAUGAGGGGCCCAGGGGAGCUAGAUGGUGGUUUUAACACUAUAGGGUCUGGAAUACCUUUUUGUUUUCCUGACCCUAUAGUGAUCCUUUAACAAUUAUGUAUAAGUAUGGUGUGAAAAAUAGAAAUAUGCAUUUUUAUUCUGGAGGUGUAUGCCUCCAUCUUGGAUCCCUGACAAUCAGUGUUAUUAAGGAACACAAGUUAUGGGUGAUUUUCAAUAAUUUAACUAUUAGCAUAAAUUCCGGAGAAAUGGCACUUACCUUUUAAACAACAGCUUGCUGGGAAUCCUAAUUUUAAGACCUGCCUUUAUUUUGUUUCCUCUCUUCCCAUUCUUAUAGCAUUGCUGCCAAGGAAGCAUUGGAGUCUCAUUUUGGAGAGCAAAGCAAACCAUCUUCUCAAGAAAUAAUGAGAAUGGCAGAGGGCUUGAACCUGGAAAAAGAAGUUGUCCGGGUUUGGUUCUGUAACCGCAGACAAAGAGAAAAGAGAGUGAAAACAAGUUUACAUCAAAAUACAUACACUUCAUUCUCAAAAGAACAUCAUGAAUGCAGAUGAAACAAUACUGCUGGCAAAUCCAGCUUUGCAUAGCUUUAAACCUGUUUCACUAACAGGGUUAUACACUAGAUCUGAGUAACGAGUGAGGUAAAAAUGACCAAGUUGUAACUAUGGCCGAGUUCGAGCAUUUUUCCAGAUUCAUUUUUGUUUAUCUCAGUUUUUCCGUUUGGAUUGGAUUUGUGAAAAUUUGGAGUUUAGAGAAUAACCCUGUAAAUGUCUGUAAAAUAGUACUUAAAUUAUGAAAUAUAAUUUUGAAAGCACUGUCAAUCAUUUACAUUGUAGGAAAAAGAGUUUAUGCACUAGUAAAUUGAUGAAAAUGAUCAUUCAGUAUAAAGUGUUAAAAUAUUUAAUAUUGCAAGGCCAAACGUUAUGGAGGUAGAUAAUAAUCAGUUAUAACAUACUAACCUACAAGACUAAAAAUAGUAUUAUUUUCUCCAACUACCUGAUUCAGGGUCCUGGAUAGUUUAUAUUACAUGACUUUCCAAAGCGAGGGCUCAGGCUAGAAAUAGGGAUACGCUCCAUAUGCACACAUUUGCCUAUUUGUUAGGAUAGAACCACAACAUAGAUGUUUUGGCUGUCAUGAUAUCAACAGAGUCACUCUCUGGUCACAGCGAUCAGUGUCUCUCAGUUUCCUGACAAACCAGGAGUUAUGGGAAAAGAAAAACAUGCAUAUGUUCUAGUGCUGCUCUGGUUGUUGAGUGCUACACGGUGUCAUACAGUAACGAAGAGGUGAAGACACAAUGUGCAAUAAAAACUAGAAUACGUGGUUCUGAUUGACACUGUGCAACAAAGGAUCAGUUUGUCUCUGGGUAGAGCCAGAAGGUGUCCCAAGACUGAUGGGAGUUACAAUGUUUUGGGUUAUGCCCUUAAUUCGUCCACAUUUACUGACCUACCAGGAAAGGAACUGUAGAGAUAAAGACAAUAUGUUAAUUUAAUAGCCACUACAAUUUGGUCUUCAGUCUCAUAGUUUAUGAUGUCUCCACUGGCAUUAUUCUUAAUACAUUAUUAAAAGUUUCUAGAUAUAUAUUUUCAGCAAAUGAACUGAAAAAGCACACUUAAAAAACAGCUUUAAUGAUUUCUAGAAAAAAAUCACAUUAAAAUAUUGUAGAAAAAUGCUAGAAAAAAAAACCUAUCAACCUUUAAUGUAUUUCCCAACAGGGGUAUCACUGUAUAAAUGUGAAAUGGACCUUCGAUCAGAAGACACAAUAUCGUUUAAUAAAACAGCAACUAUUUUGGUGGUUAUGAGAAAUUAAUGCUUACCUUUACAUAAAAUGAAUGCUUUCUAAAGUUAAAGUAUGUAGAUUUAAUGGAACUCCCUUAUCAUUCUAUAAUUUAUUAAACGAGAGGGCUAUUUCCAUGUGCAUUUAAUAGUUAUAGAACAUUUUUUAAAUUCCCUUUUUUGCCUUUUUUCCACCACCUCGCUGGUCUCAACCCAGUUGGCCCCCAUCCAUGCCUGAGAUCAUUAAUCUUUAUGAUCUCAGCCAAUCCAAUGCUUUCCUAUAGGAGCAUGAAGACGCUGAAUGCAAGUGCCACACACCAUGCAGCACUGAAAUAGGAAGCACUUCUAGUGGCUGUCUAAAUGACUGCACAUAGAGGUGUUAAAUUGUGGAGCUAUCUACUAAACAGCUGCCUGAAAGAUAAAAAAUAAUAAAAGGGCUCUUGAAAAGGUCUAUAAAGAUAGAGAAUAUGUGUCACACAUUUGGUAUAUACAGGUAACUCUUGAAAUUCGGCCAAGAAAAAAUCUUGCUCCAUCCACCCUUCAAUCCAUGAUCUAUCUCACACAGAGGAUUUGGAAAUACAUUGGAUCUUGAUGAAGGGGACUUUCUGGAGAUAAGUGGCCCUCUCAGGGCAAAGCUAUUUUAGCACAAUCCAUAUUGUGCAGUUCCUUUGUGCCUGUCUUUGUUUUUAAAUUAUUUUAUUUGUAUUAAAUACUACACUAUAAGUGUCCUUUAUUUCUCUAUUACUUUUAUUUAUUUAUAUGCUCCUAACC